UCUGCGCUGACGUCAUUGGAUGACAGCUAGCUGUCAGAAAGUGAGUUCAUUCCACGGACUCAAGAAGACGGUACGCCGUCGAUAGCUUUUUUUUUUUAGCCUUUCCUUGCAUUUAUCGACAAGAAACAGUGAGACAAGAGGACAAUUCGUUUCCACCGAGCCCGGCCAUGGACGAACAGGCGGGUCCCGGCGUGUUCUUCAACAAUAAUAACAACUCCGUGUUACCCGGCGCUGGUAAAGGACCACUGCCUGAUGGCGACGUAGGGGAGGCGGCUCGGGCGCAGUACAGUAUCCCGGGGAUCUUACACUUCCUGCAGCACGAAUGGGCCCGAUUCGAAGUGGAGCGAGCACAAUGGGAUGUGGAGCGUGCCGAAUUACAGGCAGAAGACAAGCCCCACAGCACACAAGAAUGUUGUACGGCGAGCCUGUUGGGUCCUUCUAAGAGCCACUCCUCUAUCUGGGCAGCCCUAAAACUCUACUGUACAUGUCAGCUACUCAAAUUGCUGUGACGAUGCUUUAUAAUGCAAAGGCAUUGAUAAUCAUUACAUGAGCUUGGUCAAGUUAAUUUAGUUAUAUGUAAUCUUUAAUUCUGUAAUAAAUACAGUAGAGUUAAUAAAUAUAUCAUAAUGA